ACACCAUCCAGGCGCUGUCAACAGAAAAUCUCUAAACAGUCAACGGCCAAACUUUGCACGGCGCCUUGACUGAUAACAUCACCUCAGGGCUGUCAUCACCAUCAAGAUAGAGCGCAGCGUCCCAAACAUCCUCGAAAACAAGUGCCUUCAAUCCGACACCGUCUUAGGACAUCUGCGUGACUCUCAUCAUCACUUCUCCGUUCUACAGUGUCAUCUCUACUAUUUGAUUACCAUAGUAUAUUCCCAAAGACACGACAUGACGAGUUCAGCAACGGUGGAUUACUAUGCGGUUCUUGGUGUCUCUCGAGAUGCGUCAGUCAAAGACAUCAAUUCUGCCUACAAGAAGCUCGCCCUCAAGCACCAUCCUGAUAAGGCAGGUACCGAAGACAAGGCACUGACCACGUUCAGAAAGAUCCAGGAAGCAGUCGAGGUCCUACGCGAUCCUACCAAGCGGAAGAAACAUGACAAAGACCUAAGCCAGAAGAACAAGCAUUGGAGCGUUGUCCUCCAGGAUGAUCCAGAGUUUGGAGGUCCUGGCUAUACUGGCUGGACGCCUUAUGGUGGCAGGAAAUGGGAUCUAAACAAUGCCUGGGACCGCUACAUGUCCAGCUACCAUAAUGCUACCCAUAUGGACCCAGGCGCAGUUCCACGAGAUGCUUGGGCGGAGGCUGCUGAGAUGGAAGCUAAGUUCAAACGGGAAGAAGAGGAGCAGAAGAGGCUUGAAGAAGAAGCUGCUAGACGAGAAGUGGAAAUGGAGCUGGCAAGGCAGAAAUGUCGUAGAGACGGAAUGAAAGCUCGCCUGUUCAGAGAUGACAUUGAGAAUGCUAUCGAGGAUAUGAAGGAAUCGUUGAAGCAGGAUGCGCGGACUGAUAUCGAGGCAGAAAAGGCCAACAAUACCAGCGCUGCGUUCAUUGAUAGCGAUGUUGAUAGCUCUCCUGACUUCAGUGAUGAAUAUUCGGAGAACGAAUACUCAGGGUCCUACUAUGGCAGCGACGAUGAGGAGGAGGAUGAUGAUGACGAUAGUGAAGAGCAGACUCCCUCUGAUCAGGAGACGGACGAGAUCGCAUCUUUGACCCGAGAUAUCGGAGACAUGGCAGCAAGAUGCGCCAGCGACAAUAGUACCACCAAGUACUCCGAAUCCGACUCCGAAUCUGAAGAUGGCAAGCCCUACGAUAUGGCCAGACUUACCCCUUACUUCAACUACAAGCUCACCCAUCCCAGUCAUCGGUACACUCUCAAUGAUCUCCGGGCUGAGCUAGAAGGCAUGGUUCUCGAAACAUUUUGUGGCUUCGUUGAAGAUCUCCGCCUCUCCUUCCCCCAAGCCAGGCCAAUGAUUCCUGGCAACGAUCCUGAAGAUUGCCCGCACCUCGGCAUGUGGACCAGGGAGUUCUUGAAAAAGGAGUGCGAUGCUUGCCAUCGUUUCGAGCCCUUGUAUACCCUUACUUGCCCUGGAUGCGGGAAGAAGGCCUGCGUGGGCUGUAAGUUCAGACAUGGCGCCUACUAAUUGGAAGAGUCAUGGUUUUGCGGAUAUGUUUCCUUCAGAUUCAUCCAGGCUCGGCGAGGAUUUGCCCCAAUUCCCUCGCCUUACCCACGGGGACAGAAACUCUGGACUGUUGCAAGACACAACCAUAGAGAUGAUGAUGUCUCAAAUUCCUCGAGAUGCUCCUAAUAAUCAUAUAAUGGGAACUCUAGAGUACAAUCGUCGCAACGGUUUCAAGUUCUUCUGUAUGUUAUGACUGUAAAUGUCACGGCCUUGUCGUCUCUGUAGCGGCUAUUCUAUAGGAUAUUGCCAAGUAGGUAGCGGCAAGCGGAAACCAGCGGCGGAAUAGGAGGGCAUAUCACACGCGUCCAAAUUGUAUCC